UCCAGCUGCUGUCAGACGGUGUGGACGUUCAGCCGGAGCUGGUGACAGAAACCCGGACAAUAGCAGACAAAAGGCUCCGGUGCAGGACGGAUCGGGUCGGACCGGGACUCUGUGGAGGACUCUGUGGGAAAGAAUAGCUGCAGCUCCGUGCAUGUCCCAUCCGGGGGGGUAUAAACCGGGAGCGGAGGGUCGCACCGACUACCACUGAGCCCCGAGAGCCGCCAGGCAGCAGCCCGCCGCCGGCAGCAGCCCGCCGCCGGCAUGCCCCUCACACGGAGCUCCGUCCUCCUCCCCUUCAUCCUGCUGCUCUCUGCCGGCAUCCAGGUUUCGUCGGCUUCAGGACACUUUGAACUCCAGAUUUUGUCGAUGCAGAACGUUAAUGGGCAGCUGCAGACCGGUUCCUGCUGCGACGGUUCCCGGGAUGCCACGGAUCGGCGGUGCACGGCGGACGAGUGCGACACCUACUUCCGAGUGUGUCUGAAGGAGUACCAGCUGAAGGUUUCCUCGGGCGGGCCCUGCAGCUUCGGCACCGCCUCCACGCCGGUCCUUGGUGGGAAUACCUUUUCUUUACGUGGCGCCAAGAGCGACAAAGCCAGGAUCGUGUUGCCGUUCAGUUUCGCGUGGCCGAACAACAAGUACCCAACAAAUUUGCAUUUCAACUCAAGGAUGCCUCUGUUUCUCUCUGCCUUGUUUUACUUUGUUUUGACGGACAAAACUGUGUCAUUAACAGGUGUCGGCGGGGCUGUGAUCGAGAAGGCGGUCCACUCUGGGAUGAUCAACCCCAGCCGGCAGUGGCAGAGCCUGAAGCACAACGGCCCUGUGGCUCAGUUCCACUUUCAGGUCCGCCUCAGCUGCGACGAGCACUACUACGGCUUCGGCUGCAACAAGUUCUGCCGCCCUCGAGACGACUUCUUUGGCCACUACGAGUGUGACCAAAAUGGCAACAAGACGUGCCUGGAGGGUUGGUCUGGUCCAGACUGCAACACUGCGAUCUGCAGGCAGGGCUGCAGCACAGAACAUGGGUCGUGUAAAGUUCCUGGAGAGUGCAAGUGUCUUUAUGGCUGGCAGGGUGAGUACUGUGACCAGUGUAUCCCUCAUCCUGGAUGUGUCCACGGCAGCUGUGUGGAGCCCUGGCAGUGUCUCUGUGACACCAACUAUGGAGGACAGCUGUGUGACAAAGAUCUGAACACGUGUGCAACGCUGCAGCCGUGUUUGAAUGCAGGAACUUGCAGCAACACAGGACCAGACAAAUACCACUGCUCCUGUCCUGACGGCUUCUCUGGGGUCAACUGUCAGAGAGCGGACCGCGCCUGUCUGUCCAACCCCUGUUUGAACAGAGGAAGCUGUGUGGAAACCAGUCAGGGUUUUGAGUGCCGCUGCGCCCCCGGUUGGACUGGACCCUCCUGCUCCAUCAAUGUGGACGAGUGUCUGGUGAACCCCUGCAGCCAUGGAGGGACCUGUCAGGACCUGGUUAAUGGAUUCAAGUGUACCUGUCCCCCUCAGUGGACUGGAAAGACCUGCCUCAUCGGUCAGUGCUGCUUUCAUGCCUUAUUCACACUACACAACUACCUGUCUGAGAGAGUCAGUGUGACGAGGCGCACCUGUAACAACGGAGGACCUGCUAGACCGAAGGAGAUGCCUUCAGGUGUGCUGUGUGCCGCCGCUGGGAAAGGAAGCCACCCUGUAAAUCGCAAAGAAACAGCCAGCUGUCUGCCGAGCUCCCUGCGAGAAACGGUGGAACCUGUGUGGUGGACCGGGGACUCCUUCAGCUGCAUGCCAACGAACUGCAGUUCUCAUCCCUGUUAUAACAGCGGGACUUGUGUCGAUGGAGACAACUGGUAUCGAUGUGAAUGUGCUCCGGGGUUCGCCGGCCCUGACUGCAGGAUUAACAUCAAUGAGUGCCAGUCGUCGCCCUGCUCCUUCGGCGCCACCUGUGUGGAUGAAAUCAACGCUUAUCGCUGCAUCUGUCCGCCAGGAAGAACCGGCCCGCGCUGCCAAGAAGCGUCGGGGCGACCCUGUGUGGUCGAAGGGCUGGUGGCUCUGGAUGGAAGCAGAUGGGACGAAGACUGCAACACCUGCCACUGUAACAACGGGAGAAUCAGCUGCACGAAGCUUUGGUGUGGACCUAAACCCUGCAGCCUCCACCAUAAGACUCGUGGCUCCGAGUGUCCGGCCGGUCAGACCUGCGUGGCCGUCCGGGAUGAGCGCUGCUUCGUCAAGCCCUGCCCCAGCCAGGGGGAGUGCUGGGGCCCCGCCCACCGGUCCCCGCCAGUGGCCAGGUGUCACCCGGAGAGCAGCUGCGCUAAUGUCACCUUCACCUUCAACAAAGACGUCAUGACAAGGGGUGUGACGGUGGAGCAGGUUUGCCGCGAGCUCAGGAGCCUCUACGUCGUCAAGAAUCUGUCCUCCGACUCCUCCGUCUCCAUGACCUGUGAGCUGUCGCUCGGCGCCAACAACGAGAUCCACGUAGCCAUCUCGACAGACGACCAGAGGAGAGGCAUUACCUUCAUCAAGGAAAUCACGGAUAAGAUCAUGGAUCUGGUGAGCAAGAGGAGCGCCAACAGCAGCAUCAUCAGCGCCAUCGCCGAGGUUCGCGUCCAGAAACGACAGAGCCACAACUCCAAUGCAGACCAUCUCGUGCCCCUUCUGGUGUCCGUGGUGAUUGUCGUCUGGGCGUUGGCGAUCACCUCCAUGUUGCUGUGGUGCGUGAGGAGACGGAGGAAGCAGAGCGCCCACACGGGAGUCAGCACGCAACCGCCACCGCCGUCGUCUAUGGUACCUGCAGCCGAGGACAACAACGCCCUCCACAACAGCAUCAGCGCCGCCCGCGAGCAGCUCAACCACAUCAAGAACCCCAUCGAGAAAAACCCGCCGAACCAUCAUCAACACCACCUCCUCCUCCACCACCACCACCUCCGCGAGGACAAGAACUCCGUCAACGCCAAGAUUAGGAAGUCAGACACCGGGAGCCAAUCGGACGAAGAAGAAAUGGACAAGAGGCUGCAGAAGGCGAGGUUCCCCCGGGCGCCGCCAGCGUACUCGCUGGUGGACUGGGAGGAACGACCCCCACACUGGACUAGCAAACAGGACAACAGGCAACUGCAGACCCAAAGUGUAAACAGGAUGGAGUAUAUUGUAUAACCAACCGGGGUCAAAAUGACUGACGUGACCUCGAGGGGGCGUUUUGUUUACUUUUACAUUCUUUUUUGUGUUCAGAGUUUAAUUCAAGAUGGAUUUUUGCUGUUUUUAAUUUAUGUUUUGACUGACACUGGUCUGAACGGUCCACUGCGGUUGGCUGGAUCUCCGAUUUUGUGGACUCUUUCGUAAACACCAGAAUUCGGACGUGCAGGAGUAUUCCUAAAAGCCUCAUGUGCACGAUCAUCUUUCGAUGCAACUUUCAUUCGAGAAUAAGUUCCGUAUUUGAAUGCGCUGCUGCCUCGUUGCACCGCAGCAACUGAUGAAUUUGGAAAAAAACAUAUUUAUUUUGGUUUUUUGGGGGGAAAUUUUGAGUCAAUAUGAAGAAUCGUCCAUGUAGAAUGUUUCUGUAUAGAUGUGUAAAUAUUUUUUUUAUUAAUCAUUGUGUAUAUAUGAUUUAUUAACUUAAUCGUCAAGAGCCUUAAGAUAUUGCUUUUUUUUAAUUUAUGAGUAUUGUUUGGAGUCGAAGGUUUGACAGCUUUGUUAGCCGUUGACUUCUUGAUGGAAAUAUUUUUAUAUAUUUUUCGCCAAAAGUGUUUCUUGAAAGAAUAGUUUAUUUUUAGCCUUUUGGAUUUGGGCAUUUUUGUGCCUCAACUAAAUGUUUUGUACUUUGUCUGUUUGAUACCAUUGUGUUGGUAUGUUUGCCAGGAUGUUCUGUUGUAAGUACUUUACAUGUCCGUGGAAAGGGAGGGGUCUUUAUACACAAACCAACAUGGUGGCAGACAUAAUGCUUUUGCUACUGAAGAAAUCAAGGGACGCAACAUUUUUUGUAGUAAUUUGUAUAUGUUGUACAGUGUAAAAAUAAGAGUUGAGAACAGGCUUUGGUUCCUGUUUCCAUGUAUUUGUAACAAUCAAAUUGAAACCUGCAUAAUGAAUCCUUCCUAAGCUCCGCCCCUUUUUGGACCUUUGGUCAACUUCCUCCUUUCCUGUACUUAUAUAUGCUAUGCUAGGCUAAUAUAUGUUGAAAAGACAACCACAUUUUUAAGAUGGUUAAAAGAUUAAAAAAAACAUGUAGUCAUAUCUUUCGUUAGCUAAUGUUUGCAAACUGCUAGCAAACUAUCCAGCUAACUAGCUAGCUAGCUAGCUACCUAAUAUAACUAGCUAGCUAACGAUUAAUGUAGAUUAGCUAAAAAAAACUUUGGCUAACUAGCUAGAUAAUCUGGUUUGUAGAGUAACAGAUUAAGGUGACCAAAAACAGGUAACUGUAAUCCAUUAUGCAAUUAGAUUACAGUUGUGUACAUUUAAUAAAAAAGAUUUCAAUUUUAAAAUGCAAUCUAACCCUAACCCAUAAGUCACUGACUAAAUGUUUGAACAGGUAAUUAGUUAUUGUAUCGGACUACAUUUUUAAAGUAACCCUCCCAACCCUGGUUGUUAACUAGCUAGUUACCUAGAUAGUUAGCUAACUAACUAGUUAACCACUGAUGUAGAUAUAGCUAGUUAGCUAACGUUUUGCUUAUAUUAGCUAACUUAAGAUGUGACUAUUUAUAUAUAUAUAUAUGUCACUUUAAUCUUUUAACCAUCUUCAAAAUAUGGUUGUCUUUUCAAUAUAGAUUAGC